AUGUGGUCUAGCUUCCUUUCCCGGGCGCGUCCUACCCCUGAGAGAACACCCGCACCUGCAGUACAGUGCACGGUCGACACAUCGGAAGAUGUAGCUGUAUCUGUGGAAGACAGACAUAUCGAUAUUUCGGAGUUGCAGCCGACGAUUGUUCUGGACGAUAGUGGUGACGCCACACUAUUGGUCGGUACGGAUUCAGCUGCUCUUCAGCCGGUCCAGGUGUCUUCGACGGCUAUGACCCUGGCCAGCCCGGUAUGGAAGGACAUGUUCGAAAGACACCGGAAAGCAAACGGAGCUAUUGAAGUACCUCUGCGGGAUGAUGAAGUAGAUGCAUUGUACAUUGCACUUCGGAUAGCUCAUCUGCGCUUUCAUGAAAUACCUCGGAAGGAUGGGCUUACUAUCGACGCCCUGCUUGAACUCGCAGUCGUGUGCGCCAGAUACGAUAUUGUAAAGCUAGUUCGGCCAUUUUUGGACCUUUACGGCUGGGCCCAAUGCCAUUAUCCUGACACGGACGCUGGAGAGCGAUGCGACCCUGCCUGGUUCUACGUUGCUUGGACCUUUGGGUACAAAGACAGCUUCCAACGUCUUACCCGGUUCAUAGUGAAGAAGAUUGGACUAGAUGAGGACGGGAAUGCCAUUAUGGACGAUGGCCAGAAACUUCCGAAGUAUAUGCCGCCAGGACUUCUUGCACGCAUGAUGGAAAUCCGGGAAACAACGAUUUCGGCCAUGCUGGAUAUCUUGUAUGAUAUCUUGGACGAUAUCAUACAUGUUUUUGUUUGUCAAGUCGACGAAUCAUGGGAGCCCAGGUGCCGAGCCACGGUUUUGGGUUCUUUCAUCUCUUUUCUCCUGGAGAACGAUCUCUAUCCAGCACGGCGCACGGCUUCUGAAACCCCCUUCAGCAUCCAGAAGCUCUACGAUCUGGCUUCUUCUGCUCAAAUCUUGACCCUCGAAUCACAUGACUAUAGGGAAAUGGCAAUGUGUGUUCGAAGAUCCAGUUGGGAUCCAGCAAGCGUCACAGCUGAUACCUUUAAGAACCAUGGUGGACUGACUUUGCACAAGAAGUGUUUUGGAGCUUUCCACCUGCGGUCCAAGCUGAAGACUAUCUAUUCCGAUGUAGGUUCAGCUGUCCUCCAAUCCCAUAUCGAGCACAUGGAUAGACAGGCUCUGAAAUGA